CGAUGUAUCUUGUCUUAACCUAUAAAGGUAAACUGAAAUCAUAAACCGUUAAACGAUUAAAAUAAUGAUAUUGCUGAAUUUCCCGCCAUAUAUUCCCGCCUAUUUGAGGAAAUUAAACAAACCGGAAAGCUUAUUGUAUGAACUUCAUAGACUCUACUGUUUCAUUUUCAUUUAUAAGCUAAGUUGAGGUAGUUGACUUGGGGUAACAUUGUGAAAUAAGUCGAUCUGAGUGCGAACGAAAUGCCUUCAUUCAAUACAGAAAAUGAUUUCUUCACCUCUCCCGCCAUAACUGAAAAUUUCGAUGAUAGUUUACUCAAUUCACUUCCGAAAUUAGACACGCUCUCAUUAUACUCUGAAGAAGAAAAACCGUUCGAUCCUGAACUUGAACCUCUUCUUCGUGAAAAUCCAAGGAGAUUCGUAAUUUUCCCAAUUCAAUUUCCACAGAUUUGGGCUAAAUAUAAAGAAGCUGAAGCCUCAAUAUGGACGACAGAGGAGGUUGAUCUUUCGAAGGAUUUAGACGAUUGGCUUCAUUUAACACCCAGCGAGAAACAUUUCAUUUCACACGUUUUAGCUUUCUUUGCUGCUUCUGAUGGAAUUGUCAACGAGAAUUUAGUUGAAAGGUUCAGUCAGGAAGUCCAGAUACCUGAAGCUAGAUUCUUUUAUGGUUUCCAAAUUGCAAUUGAAAAUGUUCAUUCUGAAAUGUAUAGCACUUUGAUUGAAACUUAUAUUACUGAUUCAUCAGAGAGAGAAUAUUUAUUCAAUGCUAUUGAGAAUCUACCUUGUGUUAAAAAAAAAGCAGACUGGGCAAUAAGAUGGAUUAAUGAUAAACAUGCAUCAUUUGCAGAGAGAGUAAUUGCUUUUGCUGCUGUAGAAGGAAUCUUUUUCUCUGGAAGUUUUGCUGCGAUAUUUUGGCUUAAAAAAAGGGGCAUAAUGCCAGGGCUCACAUUCUCAAAUGAACUUAUCUCACGAGAUGAAGGAUUACACUGUGACUUUGCUUGUCUUAUGUUUUCCUUACUUGUACAGAAACCACCUAAAGUACGUAUUACAAAUAUAAUUCAAGAUGCUGUUAAAAUUGAACAAGAAUUCUUAUCGGAUGCACUUCCUGUUAGUCUUAUAGGUAUGAAUUGUGAACUCAUGUGUCAGUAUAUUGAAUUUGUUGCUGAUAGAUUAUUGGUUGAAUUAGGAUGUGAAAGAAUUUAUUUCCAAACAAAUCCAUUUGAAUUUAUGACUAACAUUUCAACUGAUGGAAAAACCAACUUCUUUGAGAAAAAAGUAGGAGAAUAUCAAAAAAUUGGUGUAGCAGGAAGCGGUGGUGAUGUUGAUUUCACCACUGAUGCAGAUUUUUGAAGAGAAUCUAGUUUUUCAUAAAAAGAAAUAAUAUAUUUCUUUUUCUGUUUUUAAGCUUUAAUUAAGAAUUAUUUUUAUUAGAAUAAAAUAAUGCACCACAAAUAUUUUUGUAUAAAUCUUAUGUUUUAAUCUACUGUGUGAAUAAAUGGUUUUAUUUUA